AUGCGCCAUGCCCGCGAACGCGGUGCAGCUACGGAUGAUGCACACGCUGACGACAGCGAUCUCGUCCACGCACCGUCAAAGACGAAAGAUGUCGUCAGCGUGAAUGGCAUCUCGCUCGGCUGCGGUCGCAGCGAAGACGAGAAGCUGGCCACCUCUGCGAACGGCAAGUCGGGUCGCUCGCGCCGCCACGUUGAAGCCAUCUUCCACCCGGAGCUGCGCCGCACCAAGGAGGUGAUUCGGCGCCCAGAGUGGGUGCGCCGCGCUGGCGAAUGUGUCGCCCAUCGCGGCUCUCUCAGCACCAUCGCUCUCUUCGGCAUCAUGUUCGCCAAUUGUGUUGGCGGCGGCUACGGCUUCGAGGAUGGCAUCGGGUCGGCUGGCCCCCUCAUCACGCUUGUUGUGUGUGGUAUCUUGCCGUGGAUGUGGGCCUUCCCUACCGGGUUGGCUGUCGCCGAGCUGUCCACCGCCGUGCCGAGCAACUCGGGUGUGCUGAUGUGGGCGAACGCGGCGUUCCCCCCCUUCGUGUCGUUUAUGUGCAUUCUGGCGACCAUCUUCAUCACCUUCAUCGGCAAUGCCACGUACCCAAACCUCACGGCCGAGUACGCGCAGCAGCUGGGCAACCUCAAAAGCGCCCCGGUGGCGGGUGUGAAGGUCGGUGUGGUGGCGCUCUGCUGCAUGCUCAACUGCAUCGGCGUCGAGAUCGUCGGCAACUCCUCCCUCAUCCUCUGUGCCAUCACCAUUUUGCCCUUCUCGCUGCUGACGGUGAUCCAGCUCUUCUCGAGGGGCUUCAACAAGGCGGUGCUGUAUGUGGACGUGACGAAGGUGAAGUGGGCCGAGUUCUUCUCCAUCAUUAGCUGGAACUACGCCAACAUUGAAAAUGCUGGCGCUGUCGUCGAGGAAGUCGCCAACCCGCGCAGGGCGCUCCCAAAGGCCAUGAUGAUGCUCAUGCUGAGCACGUACGUCGGCUACGUCAUGCCGAUGCUCGCUGGCGUGAGCGCCAUGGGUAUUGAUCAGGACUACUCGAAGUGGAAGGCGGGGCACUGGCCUGAGGUGGCGAAGAUAAUCGCCGGUGACUGGCUCAAGUACAUGCUGUUCGCCGGCGCGCUGCUCAGCGGCAUCGGUUUCACCCUGACCAGCAUGUGCUGCACGAGCCGCCUGCUGGCAGGCAUGGGCACGAUGCAGAUGUUCCCCAAGAAGGUGUCGAGGGUGAUUGGCUACUACCAUCCGCGCCUCGGCACUCCCAUCCCGGCCAUCCUCAUCAACUCCCUCGUCACCCUUGUCUUCAGCGUGAGCAUGGAGUUCACCAGCGUCGUAUCGCUGUGUCAGUCUAUCUACUGCCUCCGCAUGCUACUCAUCUAUGCGUCGCUCGUCAAGCUGCGCAUCGACUAUCCAGACCUGCCACGGCCCUACGCACUCCCCUUCAGCACCUGCAUGACGGCAAUUGUGCUGCUGCCGGCGGCGGCCUUUUCGCUGAUGGCAUCGAUCGUGUCAGCCAUGACCUCCCUCGGCAUAGGCGUGGCGCUUGUUGGCUUCGUUGUUGUUGGAAGUGGUGUUUCGUGGCUGUACUGCCGCAUCUUUGCCCGCAACGGCUUUCAAGGCGUCAUUGUGCAAUGCGAGGUGUCCUCCGGUGACGACGCGGAGGCCGGCGCGGGCGACGGUGUCAACGACAGCGCGCUGAGCGAGGGCGUCUUCUACGCGGAUGAAGAGCGCAACAGCGGCGAGACGGUGGACGAUCUUCUGCUCGGUAUUUUGCCGAUGCCUCUGGCCUCACCCGAGCCGUUUACACCGACCGCCUUGCCGCGCGGCAGCGAAGUCAGUCCCAGUCAGCUGCACGUGCGGCGUGGGAUGACAGACCGCGAGGCCAUCCGCAGUCAGGCGGGAGAGGAGCUAAUUGGCAUGGAGUACACCCCUCAGGAUGGGCCCGGCAUGGAUAUAAUGUUUGUGAACAACAGCGCGACAGCGCAUGCACUGGGGUGCAGCGCCGCUGGCUGCUCCCCAACCAGCGGCUUCCCUACCUACAGGGUCGCCUGCGGCGCCGAGACGACCAUGCGUCACCGCCACCGCGUCCGAAGCCACGGCGCCGGUGGCGACGGAGGAGGUACGACCAACAGCAGCAACUACGGUCCGGCCGUGAGCGGCGAGGAGAGCGGCGAGGAGACCGAUAUCACCCCCGCGGAGCACAGCGGUGGCGGCUUUACAUUGUCAGCUACAGGUCUGCCUGGGCCGGUGCUGUCGACAGCGCCGCCGCAACUGAUGUUGAGCCCACAGCAGAUUCUCCUCAAUGUGCCGGCCGCUGGCAGUUGGAGCAGCAGCCGAUCUCCAACGCCAGUCAGCGGCCGCCGCAGCCCGAUCUUGACAGGCGCCAUAAAUAUGAGCACUACCAGGAAACCGCCCCCUCCCCCCACCUCUCUGUAA